UUUUUAAUUGUGUAGACUGUGCUCAAUAGAGUUAAUACAUUCACAAAUAUCACUUACAAGGAAGAUCCAACCAUUUUUGCUUGGGAACUGAUGAAUGAGCCUCGGUGCAACUCAGACUCUACAGGUGAUGUGUUACAGGAUUGGAUAAAAGAAAUGGCAUUCUAUGUGAAAAGCAUUGAUACAAAACAUCUGGUGGAGAUUGGACUGGAAGGAUUUUAUGGCCCCUCGACACCUCAGAGAUAUCAGUUAAACCCAAAUGCAUAUGCUCACCAGGUCGGAACUGAUUUUAUCAGGAACCACCAGGUUCUGGGUGUUGACUUCGCUUCUGUUCACAUAUAUCCAGACUCAUGGAUUUCACAAUCAAUUGCUGAUUCACACCUCCCAUUUAUAAAGUCUUGGAUGGAAGCGCACAUAGAGGAUGCUGAAAAGUAUCUCGGAAUGCCUGUUGUUUUUGGUGAGUUUGGUGUGUCUGCAAAAGCUCCUGGCUUCAAUUCAUCAUACAGAGACAACCUUAUAAACACUGUGUACAAGACAAUCCUAAACUCUACCAAGAAAGGAGGCAGUGGAGCUGGAAGCCUUGUGUGGCAGCUCUUUCCUGAUGGAACGGAUUACAUGGAUGAUGGGUAUGCAAUUGUUCUCUCAAAAUCACCUUCCACAUCAAGCAUUAUAUCCCUUCAAUCCACAAGGCUAGCCCUCUUCAAUUCCUUGUGCUCUACAAAAUGUCGUUGGGGUUGUAAGAAGCGAAAUGUGUUGGAAACAGCACUCUAUCAUGACGAACUCUAAUACCAUAUGAGGAAAGUUGCAAACUUCUGCUAUGUAAAAAACAUGUAUCCGGUGCAUCCAAGAUAAUAGCUUCAGUAUGAAAAUGAUACUACAGAGAAAAGUGAAGAGAAGAGAUAAAUAUGGGUAUGCAGCAUACCAUUGUAUUGAUGCCAAUAGUUACACUUUGUAUGUUCUGACAGUUGUGUGGCAAUUUGUAAAAUAAGCUAGUAAUUUUGGUGUGAAGAACUAUGUUAUUAUAUCAGU